AUGAAAUUUAGGUUUGUUAUAUUCCAGGUUAUUUUUGUUGCAGCUCUUUGCUCUGGGUUACCCUGCCAUAGCGAGAAUUGUAGUCCAGUUGCCAUCAAAAAGCAGCCUUUAGUAAAGGAAGGUGCAGGUGUUUUGCCUUCUUCUACAGAAGGAGGUGCUUCUUGCUCUAGUACUGAGGAAAGUCUAGGGUCCUUAGCUUCCUUGGAAGGGCCCAACCCUGCCGUGGAGGAAAGCCUAGAAGGUGUUUCUAAUAUUAAGGAGGAAGAAGUUCAUGAUGCUCAAGAAGAGGAGUCCCAAGAAGCAGAAGAGGAGUCUCAGGGAUUGGAAGAGGAAAUUCAAAAAACAGAGGAGAUGUCUCGAGAAUUAGAAGAGAUGAUUCAAGAAGUAGACAAGAUGACCCAGGAGGUAGAAGAGAUGAUUCAAGAAGAAAUAGGAGAAAUGUCUCGGGAAUCAGAAGAAGAGGUUCAAGAAGCAGAAGAGGAGUCUCAAGAGUCAGAAGAAGAAAAAACUCAAGAAGUACAGGAGGAGCCUCAGGAGUCAGAAGAAGAAGUUCAAGAAGCAGAAGAGGAGUCAGAGGAAAUGAGGUUAAAGAAACGCAAGGAAGACCUCGCAAAUCAGAAGUGUGAGUGA